AUGUGAUCUCAUAGAAACAGUGGCCAAAAGAAAGUUCUCCUAUUGCUUUUUAUUUCCCUUUGUUUGAAAAAAGGUAAACAGCAUAGAAACUUCCAAGAGGCUACCGAGUUCUCUUACUUUUUUCUCUGCAACUGCACCUGGAACUGCUCCCUGCUGCAUUUUACUGCCUCUGUUUAUAAGAGCAACAGUGGCUCUCCUGAAAAUUGGACCAAAUUCCAACAAGUCAGCAACCUGCAAGAAGACAACAUGUACUACAAUGCCCUGCUGGGCAUCUUAAAGAACAAGGCAUUGUCCUCUGCAGACACCCAGGCUGCAGACUUCAAGGACUGGAAGAGGAGCUUUUCCUCUUCUCUCUUCUCUAUGCAGACACAAUGUGUAGCAGCAAAUGUGUUACAGAUGAAGGACAGAAGCUGGGCUAUUAGGGACCUAUAGUGCAUCAGUCAUGGAUCCAUGCUAGAAAAUUGCCCCAAGGAUAACCAGGACCUGCUGGAGCACAGGUAUGUGGGGACCUCAGAUUCCUAUGAUGUCCUUUGCAGUAGUGUCAACAGAGAAGUCCCAGAUGACAGAACUGGCAAGGAUCUGAGGAACAUCAAUGAAGCUGGAAACCAUCAUUCUCAGAAAAGUAACACAAGAAUAGAAAAACAAACACCGCAUAUUCUCACUCGUGAUUGGGAGUUGAACAAUGAGAACACAUGGACACAGGGAGGGGAAUAUCACACACCGGGGCCUGUCAGGGGGUGGGAGACUAGGGGAGGGAUAGCAUUAGGAGGACCAGUUAAUGUGGUUAAUAUUUUGUAUUAG